AUGGAUGCGGCGCGUGGCGCUCGAGUGCGCCUAGCGCCGCCAGGCAGAGCGCAGCGCGGCGAAGGCGGCGGCGCGAAGCCCAGCCGCGAAAGCGCGCGCGAGCGGGAGUCGCGCGAGCGGGAGGCGCGGCGGCAGCAGCUGCAGCGGUCGCUGGACGAGGCGCAGAAGCCGCUCGCCGCCGCCCUCGCCGUCGCCUGGAAAGGUGCCGCCUCCGCCCCGCUUCCCCUUCCCCUGGCCUCGCGCCGCCUCACCGCGCGCUUCCUCGCCCUGGCGGCGGGCAGUGAGGGUGAGAGGGGCGGCAGUGAGGGUGAGAGGGGCGGCAGUGAGGGUGAGAGGGGCGGCAGUGAGGGUGAGAGGGGCGGCAGUGAGGGUGAGAGGGGCGGCAGUGAGGGUGAGAGGGGCGGCAGUGAGGGUGAGAGGGGCGGCAGUGAGGGUGAGAGCUGGGCUGCUGGCAUGCCGUUGAUUGGCGGGUCAUGA